ACGGGGUGGUGGGGUAGGCCGGAGUGAUUCUCAGUGCCCGUGAGCAGAAUAGGCACAAAUCCUCUGGAGGAGGUUUUACAUUCGAACCAUGACGGCAGCAGGUACUGGCAAUGGUUUUGGCACCACAGCUUGGUGGGGGUUUUCUCCAGCACUCAACCUGCAAGCAAUGUGUCUAGAAUCCUCCAUGGAACAUCUGAAGCUCUCCCAGAAUGGCCUUCCUGAACUGAAUAUCCUGCUAGUGGGGUCAGUAGAUGCGCGACAUAUCCUAAAAACGAUGAGUCAGAUGCACCGGCUGCCACGGAGAAAAAUCAAUUUCUAUGUUCUGGAGAACAAUCUGGAGGCUGUGAGUCGGCAGCUGCUUUUCUUGAACCUGGCUCUGGAGCCUCCAGACAAGAUGGGCCUACAAGAGAAGAGUGAGACAUUCUUGGAACUGAUGGGGAACACUCUCCUCCGAAGCCAGACUGCUGCCUACUUGCAGGAGAAAGCAGGCCUCUUCAUCCGUUACAUCACAGACCCUGACUUCCAGCUGGCUAAUCUCCCUAUUUUGGACUUCUCUGCACUCAAGUUCAGGGAGCGGGACCAGUUAGAGGCCAUCUUUCAGUUCUGGCGGAAUCCGGACCCACGAGCUUUCCAGAUCAAACAGCUUUGGGACCUACGCCUCCGGCAAUACCUGGGCACCCGUUAUGACUCCCGCCGUGGGGUGUGUGACUGGGAUCUCACCAUGAAGCUGCAUGAGCAAGGGGCCAGAAUAAUAAACUUCCGUGAGUUUUUCCAGUGGCGUGACACAGGCAUAGCCUUUGAAAUGCGAGAAGCUACUUAUGAUGUCCCCAACAAAACCUUGGCAUCUGGACGUCUCAUCAGACACAAAGGGGAACCAAUACCAGCACGGGGAUACUGGGGAGAUAUCACCACUGGCCCGUACAUCACGUAUGGCAUUGAAAGUGAAGAUCCCAGUCUGCUAAAAACCAUCAAUGGCCUCCCCAGUAAAAAUGCCCAGGAAAUCUCCUUGCAGAAUGUCACUGCCCUAUUGUAUGAACUGAGAUAUAACACUCGCUAUGACCCUUCAGUACCAUCUGAAGAGAGGAAAGAUGACGAUCUUCGUGGUAGUGGUGACUGUACUGUGUUGUGUGCUACAAAUGGACUUCCUACAACAGAAGUUGUCCAUGUCCAUUUCCUGCCCCUUGACUGCCUCCUUGAGCUCCAUCACAAAGUCAAAUAUCAACAACUUUUCAAUCUCUUCUUCUUCUCUUGCAGCAUGGUGCAUUUUCUUAAACCAAAUUUGAGUCUGGUGUCAGCUCCAAAAGCCACUCUCAUUGUUGAGCUAACAAACUUCCUGCCUGACCUCCGCAAAGAACAAGUCUCCAAGUUCUCCUCCCAAGUGACUAGUCUGGUGACAGACGCAGGAUUUGUGCCAGUUGCGGGAACAGAAAAAACGCCCUUUUCUUUGUUUCAACUUGGGGAUCAGGAGGCUGGAGAAAACCCCCAUGAGAUAAUUCCACCUGAGAUGUCAGCCCCUGGUUCCUGAGGCUACCCCUGUAUUAUACACUAACCUUUUUAGUGGUUCUUUAAU